CCACUCCUGCACUUGAAAGCAUGUCAAUGCAGGACAAGAACACACAAGUGCAGCAACUUUGGGCAUGGGUCUCUAAACCCCGCAGGGAUUUAACAAAAUCCAUCCUGACUGGGGCUCCAGGAGAGGAGACACUGGUUGACAUUUUAACCAGUCGGCAGAACUGGCCCCCACCCAGCCAGGCCUCAUGCCUCUGACAGCCCGACACUGGAGCAGACCACCAGCGGCAGGCAGGCGUGCAGUAGCAUGGAGGGCCCAGCGGGGUACCUGCGACGGGCCAGCGUGGCCCAGCUGAGCCAGGAGCUGGGCACUGCCUUUUUCCAGCGGCAGCAGCUGUCGGCUGCCAUGGCAGACACCUUCCUGGAGCACCUUUGCCUGCUGGACAUCGACUCGGAGCCUCUGGCUGCUCGCAGCACCAGCAUUAUCGCCACCAUCGGGCCGGCAUCUCGCUCUGUGGAGCGCCUCAAAGAGAUGAUCAAGGCCGGGAUGAACAUUGCACGACUCAACUUCUCCCACGGCUCGCACGAGUACCACGCUGAGUCCAUCGCCAACAUCCGGGAGGCGGUGGAGAGCUUUGCAGCUUCCCCGCUCAGCUACCGACCGGUGGCCAUCGCUCUGGACACCAAAGGACCGGAGAUUCGCACCGGGAUCCUGCAGGGGGGCCCAGAGGCGGAAGUGGAGCUGGUGAAGGGCUCCCAGGUGCUGGUGACCGUGGACCCGGCGUUCCGGACGCGGGGAGACGCGAACACCGUGUGGGUGGACUACCCCAACAUCACCCGCGUCGUGCCGGUGGGGGGCCACAUCUACGUUGACGACGGGCUCAUCUCCCUAGCGGUCAAGAAAAUCGGCCCAGAAGGGCUGGAGACCGAGGUGGAGAACGGCGGCGUCCUGGGCAGCCGGAAGGGCGUGAAUUUGCCCGGCGUCCAGGUGGACCUGCCCGGGCUGUCCGAGCAAGAUGCCCGAGACCUGCGCUUCGGGGUGGAGCAUGGCGUGGACAUCGUCUUUGCCUCCUUUGUGCGGAAAGCCAGCGACGUGGCUGCCGUCCGGGCUGCUCUGGGGCCAGAAGGACAGGCCAUCAAGAUCAUUAGCAAAAUUGAAAACCACGAAGGCGUGAAGAAGUUUGAUGAAAUCCUGGAGGUGAGCGACGGCAUCAUGGUGGCACGGGGCGACCUGGGUAUCGAGAUCCCAGCUGAGAAGGUUUUUCUGGCUCAGAAGAUGAUGAUUGGACGUUGCAACUUGGCGGGCAAGCCAGUUGUCUGUGCCACACAGAUGCUGGAGAGCAUGGUUACCAAGCCCCGGCCGACGCGGGCAGAGACGAGCGACGUGGCCAACGCCGUGCUGGAUGGGGCCGACUGCAUCAUGCUGUCAGGGGAGACCGCCAAGGGCAGCUUUCCCGUGGAGGCCGUGAUGAUGCAGCACGCGAUUGCCCGGGAGGCAGAGGCCGCCGUGUACCACCGGCAGCUGUUUGAGGAGCUGCGCCGGGCAGCCCCCCUGAGCCGUGAUCCCACCGAAGUCACCGCCAUCGGUGCUGUAGAGGCUUCCUUCAAGUGCUGUGCUGCUGCCAUCGUCGUGCUGACCAAGACUGGCCGCUCAGCCCAGCUCCUGUCUCGGUACCGACCCCGGGCAGCGGUCAUUGCUGUCACCCGCUCUGCCCAGGCUGCCCGCCAGGCCCACCUAUGCCGAGGCGUCUUCCCCUUGCUCUACCGUGAGCCUCCAGAGGCCGUCUGGGCAGACGACGUGGAUCGCCGGGUCCAGUUUGGCAUUGAAAGCGGAAAGCUCCGUGGCUUCCUCCGUGUUGGGGACCUGGUGAUUGUGGUGACAGGCUGGCGACCUGGUUCUGGCUAUACCAACAUCAUGCGGGUGCUAAGCGUGUCCUGAGAUGCCCCUCCCCGUCUGACCCAGCUGGCUCUGGACCCCCUCCCUCCUCCCGGCCCCCUCCACCCCAUGCCCUCCGUCUGUCUUCUCUACUCCCAGAGCUCCCUGCCCGAGGCCACAUCUGCCACGUGCCCCGUUCCAGGGCCCCUUCCCCUCUCCAUUUCAUGCAGGCCCCGAAAGUCUGUGCAGUUAAGCACUGGCCAUCCAGCAGCACCAGUCGUGCAAUGCCUGCGCUCGGUGCUCUCAGCUGACCCUAACGUGCUGCGAGCCUUGAAUCCCAGCUUACGGGUUAGUUCUAGUUCCCCAGGCUUCCCACACCUGGGGUGGGGGACUCAUGUGCAGUCUCUACAAAAUCACCAUUUUAGAAAUAGUUCACGUCCAUGAGUCUGAUAUUCUCCUAUGUGGCCCUCAUGGUAACCCGGGCAUCUCCUGAGGAGUGCCACCUCUUCCUUCGUUGUAACAAAGUGACAUCGAAGCAGCACCCUUCUGGGGAAGCCAGAGGAGGGGGGUGCUGGGAACACUGACAGCCUGGCGAGCUCAUCUUACCGCUGUCUUCGUGACCCCUCCCUGACCGCUCUCAGGGCCACCUCACGCCUUGCUGGGUGAGAUGCCCUGCUGUCUCCUGCACCCAGAAAUUCCUUCAUGCCCACUUUGUUCCCACACACAAACCAGGAGCCAAAACGAGUGUCUCUAUUUUCUUUUUAAACCGGCUGUUUGGAAGUUAUAAUUAAACUUCUCCCACACACCCAGAACUCCAGAACUCCCCACCCCGGAGAAAAGGGUCCUGGCCCCACAUUCUUGGGUGCUGCAGAGUAGGCAUGGAGACGGGGUGGGGUAAGGGCUUUCUCUUGUCCCUGAGCAGGCAGAGGUGCUGGCUAGCCUAGCCUUCCCCAGGCUCAGAUACUUGGGGCCCUCCCCCUACUCCUACUCCUGCACCUACAGCAAACUUAGUAGGAAAAAACCCCUAAAAGAAAGAACAGCCCUUCCCGCUCCGGUGGCCCGUCCUGUCCCGACCUAGACAGGGAGAGGGCUCCACUGCUACCAGUGGUGUUGGGCAGCUGGUAUGGGGGAGCCCUGCCCCUGCCUGUCUCCCCACUGGGAGAGGAACGGAUAAAGGGAUGGGGGAAUAAAGUGAAUUGGUAACAA